AUGACCAAGGAAACUCAAUUCACUGUUGGUGACUAUCUUGCCGAAAGAUUGAGCCAAAUCGGUAUCAUCAACCACUUUGUUGUCCCCGGUGACUACAACCUUAAGCUCUUGGACUACCUCGAGUACCACCCCAAGUUGUCUGAAAUUGGCUGCUGCAACGAAUUGAACUGCGCUUUCGCUGCUGAGGGUUAUGCUCGUGCCCACGGUAUCUCCGCUGCUGUUGUCACCUACAGCGUCGGUGCCUUGACCGCUUUCGACGGUAUUGGUGGUGCUUAUGCUGAGAACCUCCCCGUUAUUUUGAUCAGUGGUGCUCCUAACACUAAUGACCUCAACUCCUCCCACAUCUUGCACCACACCACUGGUACUCACAACUUUGACUACCAAAUGGACAUUGCCAAGAACCUCACUGUCGCCGCCGUUGCUCUCCGUCGUGCCAAUGAGGCUCCUCGCUUGAUUGACCACGCUCUCCGUCAAGCUGUCUUGCAACACAAGCCUGUCUACAUUGAAGUCCCCACCAACAUGGCCACUCAACCCUGCCCCAAGCCCGGUCCCAUCAGCGCUGUUAUUGAGCCCGAGACCUCCGACAAGGCCUCUCUUGAACAAGCCACUGAUGUCGCUGCUGACUUGAUUUCCAAGUCUGAGAAGCCCAUCAUGUUGGCUGGUCCCAAGAUCCGUGCUGCUGGUGCCGAGAAGGCUUUCUUGAAGUUGGCUGGUGCCCUCGAUGCUGCCGUCGUUGUCCAACCCAACGCUAAGAGUUUCAUCUCCGAAGAAUACAAGAACUACGCUGGUGUUUACUGGGGUUUGUGCAGCACUCGCGCUGCUGACAAGAUCGGUGAUUUCGCUGACUUCUUCAUUGGUGCCGGUACCGUUUUCAACGACUACACCUCCAACGGUUACAAGAUCGGUCCCUCCGCCGAGCAAUUCAUUGACAGUGACUACAUGCACGUCAGCUUGCCCGGUUACGAAUUCACCCGUGUGAAGAUGGACGAAUUCUUGAGCCGCUUGGCCGACAAGGUCUCCAAGAAGAACGCUACCAUGGUUGAGUACGCCCGCAUCAAGCCUGCCUUGCUCAACUAUGCUCCCGCCAACCCCAAGGAGCUCCUUACCCGUGAAGAACUCAUGCGCCAAAUCCAAGGUGUCAUUGAUGGUAACACCACUUUGUACGCCGAGACUGGUGACUCUUGGUUCAACGGUAUGCAAAUGAACUUGCCCGAAGGUGCCAAGUUUGAAAUUGAAAUGCAAUGGGGUCACAUCGGUUGGUCCGUUCCUUCCGCUUUGGGUUAUGCUAUUGCUGCCCCCAAGAGAAGAACCGUUAUCAUGGUCGGUGAUGGUUCCUUCCAAUUGACUGGUCAAGAACUCGCCCAAAUGGUUCUUCACAAGCUCCCCGUCAUCAUCUUCUUGAUCAACAACCGUGGUUACACCAUUGAGAUCCAAAUCCACGACGGUCCUUAUAACCGUAUCAAGAACUGGGACUAUGCUGCCUUCAUGGAAUCCUUCAACGCUGAGGACGGUAAGGCCAAGGGUCUCAAGGCCAACACUGGUGAAGAGCUUGACCAAGCUAUCCAAAUCGCUCUUGCCAACAAGGAGGGCCCUACUUUGAUUGAAUGUUACAACCACACUGACGAUUGCACCAAGGAAUUGGUUGCUUGGGGAUCCGUUGUUGGUGCUACCAACGCCAGAGCUCCUGCUGCCGAUCAAUAA